AUGCCCAGGACCAAUCGGACCAAGUGGCGACAGUUAUCAUUUAGAAGUUAUAGCAGUGAUGCUAUACAACCCUUGGCUUUAGAUAGCUCCACUAUAACUUUGAAAAAGAAGACUGUGCACAAAAAAGCUGUACUUGAGGACUUAACGAAAAAAGAAGGACAUUUCUUAACUUUUGCUUAUGCUACGGCUAAUUCGUAUGAUUUAAAAGGCUUGAAAGAAGCGCUAGUGCAACAGAAACUCUAUGAACCUGGAAAAUUAAAAGCUCAUGAAGUCGGAGAUGUUGUGAUUGCAAAUCCUGUUUACGCUGUUGGAACAGAGCCGAGAGAAAUAAUAUUCUUCAAAGAAGGUGCUGUAGUAUUUUGGAAUUGCACUGAAUUGGAAGCAAGCAAUGUCCUUGAUUUUGUUAAAAGGUAUGAAACUGAGAGCUAUCCAAUAGAUGUUAUCCAACGGGAAAGGGAAGUGAUGACAUAUGUCUAUCAACCAAAUACAAAGAAAUGCCACCUGCAAGAAUCAUGCUUCGUUCUCGUACCAGGGAGAGACAAUUCGUUGGAAAAAUACAGUUUCAGCCACGCCAUGGCGCAGUCAGCUCGCCUUGGAGCCUGGGAGGCACGACUUGAGGCUCUGGCUGCCUCAGUGAGGCAACACACGGCCAUCAUGGAGAGGGACGGAGCCACCUAUGUGGAUAAGAAGGAAGUCGUGAGGAAGCUCGGCGAGCUCUUCUCCUUAAGGCACCGUCUCAACGUUGAGUCCGACCUUUUGGACACUCCCGACUUCUACUGGGAGGAGGAGGAAUUGGAGCGUCUGUACUCAAACACAGUGGCGUAUUUCACAAUUCCGAGACGAACCAGGGUGUUGAACGAGAGGCUUUCGCACUGCGUCGAACUGCUGGAGUUACUAUCUUCGUGGGCCGCGGACAGGCACCACGUGCGGCUGGAGUGGAUGGUGAUAGCUCUUAUCCUGGCCGAGGUCUGCUUCGAGCUGCUGCACUUCUUCGAGAGGGGUGCGCGCGUGGGCCGCCGUCACACCGCAUCGCUGAUGACGGACCUCGAGGAUCCGCUGUUGCACGACUUGGCGAUAAUCGACGCGUGG